AUGAAGAUCUUUUAUUAUCUUUUUCAUUUUCUGUGUUAUGCGACCUUCGUUCUACCAGGUAAUAGAUCCUUGGUGGAUCCUGAACGAUGCUCAAAAUUGUAUGGUCAAUGUAAGAAACGCUGUGCUAGAUAUGAAAAGCAAAUUGAACUAUGCUUGUCACCAAGUAAGAUUUGCUGCAUUGAGAGGGCAUUCGAGGAUGAUUGAUCUUGAAAAGGAAGAUUUACCUCUGACCAAAGGAGUCGGACACGAGUGGGCGACUGAACUGAACUGAACUGAAAGGAAUCAUGUGUGCCCCCAG